UGCAUGGAAAACACUAGAAGCCACUCAUUCAUUCAUCCCAGGAGAGUGUACGCUCUCUUUCUGUCCGUCCCGCUGCAGCCCAGCACCACGGCUGCUGCAGGAGAACCUCCAGGGUUAACCACACACUCAUUGGUUGAAGAGUUAAAGGAGGAUUUUAAAAUGUGAAACUGUCCGGUGUGAUGUGAGAGUGAGCCAACGGGGAAGGAGACGACCCAUCGGUGGUGCAGCAGACGUUGUGGUUUAAUAACAAGGAUCAUGUGGGGAGUCUGGCCUUUACUGCCAGCUCUGGUGCUUCUGUCAGAGCUCUCCGUGGUGAAAGUCCAGACGGCGCCAUGCCAAACCUGCAGAAAACUCACUGAAAGCUUUAUUAAGGGAUUAGAAAGAACGGCUAACAAGAACUUUGGAGGAGGUAACACUGCAUGGGAGGAAGAGAAGCUGGCCAAGUAUGCACGGAGUGAGACUCGGCUCUUGGAGAUUGUUGAAGCUGCUUGUGAGAAAACCGAUUUUGAAUGUAACCGCUUGCUGGAGCAGAUAGAGGACCAGGUGGAGACAUGGUGGUUCCACAGGCAGCAGGAGGCACCAGACCUGUUUGAGUGGCUCUGUAUUGAGCAGCUGAGACUCUGCUGUCCACCUGGACACUUUGGACCUGACUGCAAAGAAUGCCCAUCUGGACCUGGAGGUGUGUGUGGAGGUCUGGGUCGAUGUGAGGGUGAAGGCACUCGUCUGGGAGAUGGGGAGUGCGUCUGCGAUCCUGGGUACUCUGGUCAUCUGUGCCAGAGCUGUGCUGAUGGUUACUACAGGGAGAAGAGCUCCAAUGGCAGCGUACGGACUUGUGCAGCGUGCUACCACUCCUGUAAGGAAUGUUCAGGGCCACAGGACUACAAGUGCCUUGACUGCAAACCUGGGUGGAUCCUUCAUGACAACAAGUGUGUAGACAUCGAUGAGUGUGGCACAGAGCUGGCUCGUUGUCCUUCCAACACUUACUGUCACAACACAGAUGGAUCAUAUGAAUGCAGAGGCUGUGACCAGGCGUGUGUGGGCUGUAUGGGCAGCGGUCCUGCUCGCUGUAAGAAAUGUGCACGCGGUUACAGGCUGAAAGGAGCCAAGUGUCUUGAUAUAGAUGAAUGUAGCGAACGUGCAAUAGCAUGUCCUGGGCUAAACGAGGCCUGUAUCAAUGAGGAGGGCUCCUUCCACUGUGACUGUGCUGAGGGAUUCAUCAGAAGAGACAGCAUUUGUGUGGAGAAUAAGCCACCUGCUGGCCCAGAGAAAGGAUUGUUUGAUGACAUGACGGAUGACGAAGUCCUUGUGCUGCAGCAGAUGUUCUUUGGUGUCAUCAUCUGUGCCCUAGCUACACUUGCAGCCAAAGGAGACAUGGUCUUCACAGCCAUUUUUAUCGGAGGGGUAGCUGCUAUGGCUGGAUACUGGCUGACAGAGAAAGGAGACUACAUGCUGGAUGGAUUUCUGAAGGGACGUUAGACUGAGACGUCUGUGUGACAAAGGGACCUCUGAAUACCAUCCAGGAAGGCUGAAUAAGUCUUGAACAAAGGCAAGGCAUUGCUAGCCUUUCAGGGAUUAAAUUGUGACAGCAUAUUUUAAAAGGGCUUGGGCUAAUUAACGUAUAUCCAUGAAGAGGAAUAUGCAAGAAAAGGUGAAGACAAUGAUGUCACGAAUGAAGCAACACUGCACUGAUAUAAAAUACCUGAACUUCACUCCCUGCCAUAAGCUUUGCCUGUGUCAGGUUACUGCUACAGUCCAGAUGGUAUCUAUGGGCAUGCAGAUAGAUCAACACUUUCCCAAAUCCCCCCCGGCAACAGACCGUACAAACAGGCCGAGGAGGUUUCUACUGAAUGACGCUUUACCUCUUCCUCCAUGAAUGUUUGUCACAAUGCAUGCUAUAUUUAUAAUGAGAGGCACUGCACUAUUUUAAUUUAUUGUUUACUUUAGCAUGAAUGUUUUUUAGCUGAUGGAUUAUUUAUGUUUAAGGAGUGUGUGUGAGGGCAAACGGUAAUGUUAAAUACCAGCUGUAAUCUGAAAGAUUGAAGCCAAUUUCUGUUGCCUUUUUUAAAGCAAUCUUUAUGUUUGAAUGUUUAGAAUAUUUGGUUGGUUGUGUGUGUUAUCAAUGCAAACUUUUAGUUGUAAUUCAGAGAGAUAUUAUUUUCUGUAUGCAUCAAACUAUCACCUCUAUUCAUUUUAUUGAUCCUUAUUUAACCAGAGUGAAAUCGUCCACAGAGGUUUGCUUUACAAUAAACGGAAAUUUUACUUA